CCCGAUUCAAACCUUUAGUUUACGUUAUUGUGUUUUAGGUCGACGGAGGGUUUUCUGUUUUCUCGCACGGCAAAAUGUUUCGGAUUUUUAGUUGGUGUUUGGCCAAGAAAUAAGUUAAAAUACUUUAACUUUCGAUGACUUUCUGGACCGGAGCUUUAUCCAAGAGUUCCUCUUCCUCCUCUCCUCUUCAUCUCAAUCUUCCACUUCUUGCCAACUUUUGAAGCCAUGGAGAGGCUUAUAUCCUCUUCUUCUUCUGCUUCUCCCAAAAUUAAUCUGAGCCCUCGUAUUUCUUUUCUUAGUCGAAAGAUUCGAUUCGAUUCCACUAGAUUCAUUGUUCCCACAUCAGCGCGUUCCAUUGUUAGGCGGGCCAGCUCGAUCUCUUUCAAACAUGAAAACCCAUGUUCAUUUUCGUCUACUACUCCCUCUUUUGCUUCAUCACUACCACCGCUUAAUUUGCAGUCCCAUUCUCCUGGUGGAGGCGGCUCUUCAGAAAAGUCGGCUCGCGAAUUCGGCUUUCUCAAUCAGAUCACAGAUGGGGCUUCAGGACAACGGAAGGUAAUAACAGCUCGAACAGUUGCAAUAGUCGCUGCUCUUGUUAUGAUCUUAAUCCAACCAGCCUUUGCACCAGCAGCUUAUGCAACUUUUCAAACUGCCACCAAGGCAGGUGGUCCUGCUGCAGCUGCAAUUGGUGGAAAACUAAUUCGCACUGAGCUAUUGAGUAGCGCCUGGACUGGUUUCUUUGCUGGUUGCUUACACACACUAUCAGGGCCUGACCACCUUGCUGCUUUGGCUCCUUUGUCAAUUGGUCGUACCCGACUGGAGAGUGCUGCUGUUGGAGCCCUUUGGGGUUGUGGCCAUGAUGCUGGUCAGCUUAUAUUUGGUUUACUCUUUCUACUCCUGAAGGAUCAGCUUCACAUUGAGGUUAUUCGAACUUGGGGUACUCGAGUGGUUGGCCUUACUCUGCUUGUGAUUGGUGCUAUGGGAAUUAGGGAAGCUUCAGAAGUGCCUACGCCUUGUGUUGCCUUAGAAAACGGGGAAUGUGACGUCAGUGUCUAUGAAUCGCUUGAUAAUCCAACUGUUGGAAAGAAAAAGGUUGGCUUUGCUACUUUUGCUACAGGCAUAGUUCAUGGCCUGCAACCAGAUGCAUUGAUGAUAGUAUUGCCUGCCCUAGCUUUGCCUUCUCGCUUGGCUGGUGCUGCAUUUCUCAUCAUGUUCUUGGUCGGGACAGUUGUUGCAAUGGGAAGCUACACAGUAUUUAUAGGUUCAUGUAGCCAGGCACUAAAGGAUAGAGUACCUAGAAUAACUGAGAAACUCACUUGGGCUUCUUCCCUGGUUGCAAUAACCCUUGGACUGGCCAUCAUUAUAAGCCAGUUUUUUGGGUUUAGCCUAUAUUAGUUCAUUUUCAGCUGCCAAGGAACUUCAUUUUCAGAAUCAUCAUUUUGGUGAGACGAGAGACCGGGACCUCAGAAGAGAGACUUGAUUGUCCACGCAACUUCAUCCCACAUUUUACUACUUUCGAAUGUGUAUAAUAUUCUGCAGCUCAGGAUUCCUUCUUUUUUUUUGGCUAACUUUUUGGGUAGAUUUCAAAUUGGUCCAUAUGUAUCAUGCCAUGGAAUUCGCAUAUGAUACUAUGUAUCUCUAUUUUAGUCAUACAAUACGUGGGUUAUGUGUUAUGCUUAUUUGCGCGGUAUAUAGAUGAGUCAAUUGAAGUAUUGAACUACGACAGAACCUAAAAUCAUCUCGGGUCUCCCGCAAGUGGGGCUGACGCAGCAUAGAUUAUGCUUGAAGCCCACAAAACCAGUGGUUUUCAUAGACUGGCCCCCAAACAUGGGAAACACUUAUUCCUUGCGGGUAUUGAUUCUAUUCAAUGACAUGGUACCUGAUGAUUCAAACAAAGAUGUCGCGGCUUAUAGAUUCUCGGCAACAUCAAGAUAUUACAUAAUUAUUUAUACGUACACGUAAUACUGGAUUAUGUGGAAUUUGUACUGCCCACGCGAGUGGCAUUGUCGUCAAUUAAUGAAAUGGCUUCUCAUAAAUUUUA